AUGGCACGGCCUCUGCGUAACCUGGUAGAUGUUGCACGCAUAGCACCGUCAUCAUUUCGCCGCCAUUACGCCUCGCAUCCCCCACAAGCCCGCCUGAAUAUCCCCACCGACUAUGCCUCGACUCCGCUUCUUCACCAAACCUCAAAAUCAGCACUUGCAAACCAGGAAUUGCCAGAAGAAGCUCGUAAUGGCACUACCAGCAGACAGAAUCUCUUUUCAGCAAUCAACUCGGCUCUGGCGCAUGCCCUGCGUUCAGAUCCUCGAGUGCUGCUAUUUGGGGAAGACGUUGCCUUUGGUGGCGUGUUCAGAUGCUCGAUGAAUUUGGCSUCGGAAUUCGGUGAUGCCCGGGUGUUCAAUACGCCCUUGAGUGAACAAGGCAUUGUUGGUUUUGCCAUUGGAGCUGCUGUGGAAGGGAUGAAGCCCAUCGCGGAAGUGCAAUUUGCAGAUUAUGUCUAUCCAGCUUUUGACCAGAUCGUCAACGAAGCUGCCAAGAUUCGAUAUCGCAGCGGUGUGAACGCAGAGUCGCAGUCGUGCGGUGGUCUGGUCAUUCGGAUGCCGGCUGGAGGCGUUGGUCAUGGAGCCCUUUACCAUACGCAAUCCCCCGAAUCUUUGUUUACGCACAUUCCGGGAGUGAGAGUUGUGGUGCCGAGAUCACCAACACAGGCAAAGGGACUGCUGUUGGCGGCGGUUGAAUGUCCGGAUCCUGUCAUAUUCAUGGAGCCCAAGAUCUUGUAUCGCGCUGCGGUAGAGCAUGUCCCUGCGGAGCCCUUCACACUGCCCCUCAGUAAAGCGGAGGUUCUCAAAGAGGGCAAGGACGUCACCAUCAUUUCCUACGGAACUCCUCUAUACACCUGUCAGAACGCCAUCACGGCCGCAGAAAAGGAACUGAAGUGUUCUGUCGAGUUCAUCGAUCUACGCACCAUCUAUCCAUGGGAUAGAMAGACUGUCAUGGCUUCUGUGCGGAAGACGGGCCGCUGCAUUGUUGUACACGAGAGCAUGGUGAACGCUGGAGUGGGAGCCGAAGUCGCUGCAACAAUUCAAGAAGGCUGCUUUUUGCGACUAGAGGCUCCAGUACAGCGCGUGGCGGGUUGGUCAACACACUCGGGAUUGAAUUAUGAAAAAUUCAACAUUCCAGAUGUCGCCAGAGUAUAUGAUUCGAUCAAGAACGUCCUGGAGUACUGA